UUUUCUCUUUUAGGAUCUGAUGCUGUAGAGUGCCAACAUAAAUUCAAAUCUCAUUUGAAGGAGUUGUUCAGUUCUGUGUUUGAGGGAAUUCCUAUAGCAGGACAGUCAACAGGUCUGAAUGACUUCUACACAGAUAUCUUCAUCACAGAGAGAGGCAGUGGAGUGGUCAACCAGGAACAUGAGGUCAGACUGAUUGAAACAGCUUCCAGGAGACAGGCAAAUUAUGAAACACCCAUCAGAUGUGAGGACAUCUUUAAACCAUUACCUGGACAAGAUCGACCAAUCAGAACAAUGUUGACAACUGGAGUAGCCGGCAUUGGUAAAACCGUCUUAACACACAAGUUCACUCUGGAAUGGGCUGAAGGCAAAUCCAACCAGGACAUACACUUUACAUUUCUCCUCACUUUCAGAGAGCUGAAUUUACUGAAAGGGAAAGAGGUUAGCUUGGAGGAACUUCUUCAUCACUUCUUUAUUGAGACCAAAGAAGCAGGGAUCUGCAGAUUCGACCGGUUCCAAGUUGUCUUUAUCUUAGAUGGUCUGGAUGAGUGCCGACUGCCUCUGAACUUCCAGAAGACCUGGACUGAUGUGACAAAGCCGACCUCAGUGGAUGUGCUGCUGACAAACCUCAUCAGGGGCGAACUGCUUCCCUCCGCUCGCAUCUGGAUAACCACACGCCCUGCGGCAGCCAAUCAGAUCCCUGCUGAGUGUGUUGACAGGGUGACAGAGGUGAGGGGGUUCACCGACCGACAGAAGAAGGAGUACUUCAGGAAGAGAUUCAGAGACAAGACGCUGGCCAGAACAAUCAUCUCCCACGUCAAGUUAUCACGAAGCCUCCACAUCAUGUGUCACAUCCCAAUCUUCUGUUGUAUCACUGCUACAGUCCUGGAAGACCUUUUCAAAAAAUCCAAGAGAGGAGAAGAGAUGCCUAAGACCGUGAUUCAGAUGUACAUCCACUUCCUGAGGGUUCAGUCAAAACAGGGGGACGUGAAGUACCGUCCGAGUGCUGAAACCGAUUCGAUCUGGAGUACAGAGAGCAGGAAGAUCAUUCUUUCUCUGGGAAAACUGGCCUUUCACCAGCUGGAGAAAGGCAACCUGAUCUUCUAUGAGGUAGACCUGGCAGAGUGUAGCAUCGACAUCAAAGCAGCCUCAGUGUACUCAGGAGUGUUCACCCAGAUCUUUAAAGAGGAGUGUGGGCUGUACCAGGACAAGGUGUUCUGCUUUGUCCAUCUGAGCAUCCAGGAGUUUCUGGCGGCCCUUUAUGUCUUUAUGUCCUUCAUCGAUACUGGCAUCAAUCUGCUCUCAGAUGAAUUCUCCAGGAAAGAUAAACCCCUCCUCCUCUACAAGAGUGCUGUGGACAAGGCCUUACAGAGUCAGAAAGGACAUCUGGACUUGUUCCUCCGCUUCCUGCUGGGCCUCUCUCUGGAGACCAAUCAGAUUAUCCUACAAGGUCUGCUGGGAGUUGAAAAACAAAGAUCACUGACCACUCAGAUUAAAACAGUUCUGCUGCGACUGAGUAGCUCACAGGCCAAUAAGCGAAUAGUGUCUUACGUUAAGGAGAAGAUAAAUGAAGAUCUUUCUUCAGAGAGAUGCAUCAAUCUGUUCCACUGUCUGAAUGAGCUGAACGACCCUUCUCUAGUGAAGGAGAUCCAAAAGUACCAGACAUCAGGAAGUCUCUCCGGAAAAUCUCUUUCCCCAGCUCAAUGGUCUGCUCUGGUCUUCAUCUUACUGACAUCAGAAACGGAGCUGGAUGUGUUUGACCUGAAUAAAUACUCAAAAGUUUCAGAAGCUGAUCUUUUCAGGCUGCUGCCAGUGAUCAAAGCCUCCAAAACAUCUCUGCUGAAUGGCUGUCAAAUAACAGUGACAUACUGUAAAACUCUGGCCUCAGUCCUCAGCUCAGGCUCCUCUAGUCUGACGGAGCUGGACCUGAGUUACAAUGAUCUGCAAGAUUCAGGAGUGAAGAUGCUCUCUGCUGAACUUAGGAGUCCACACUGUACACUGGAAUCUCUCAGGCUGAAUGGCUGUCGUCUGUCAGAGAGCUGCUGUGAAGAUCUGGCCUCAGUAAUCAGCUCCAACUCCUCUAGUCUGAGAGAGCUGGACUUGAGUACCAAUGAUCUGCAGGAUUCAGGAGUGAAGCUGCUCUCUGUUGGACUUGGGAGUACGUACUGUACACUGGAAACUCUCAGGCUAAAUGGCUGUCAUCUGUCAAAGAGAUGCUGUGAAGCUCUGGCCUCAGUUCUCAGCUCCAACUCCUCUAGUCUGAGAGAGCUGGACCUGAGUAACAAUGAUCUGAAGGAUUCAGGAGUGCAGCUGCUCUCUGCUGGACUGGGGAGUCCACACUGUACACUGGAAUCUCUCACGAUGUCUGGCUGCCGGAUCACACAGGAAGGCUGUGCUUCUCUCGGAAAAGCUCUGAUGUCCAACCCCUCCCAUCUGAGAGUGCUGGACCUGAGCUACAAUCACCCAGGAGACUCUGGAGGUGAGCUGCUCUCUGCUGAACUGCAGAAUCAAGACUGGAGACUGGACACACUCAGUGUGGAGCACGGUGGAGUGUGGAGGCUGAAACCAGCUCUAAAGAAGUAUGCCUGUGGACUCACACUAAACCCAAAAUCAGCCCACAGACAACUCAAGCUGAGUAAGGGCAACAGAAAGGUGAUGCGGAUUGCAGAGGCCAAGUCCAUGACGUACUUCCAAUACAAAGAGAGAUUUGACUCCUGGUACCAGGUGUUGGGUAGAGAGGCUCUGACUGGCCGCUGUUACUGGGAGAUGAAGUGGAAAGGAAUGGUUGAUAUAGGAGUGACAUACAGUGGAAUCAAAAGGAAAGGACGGCGUAAUGAGAGUGCGCUUGGAGCAAACAACAAGUCCUGGAAUGUUCUUUGUCAAAAUAGCUGUUACUCUGCCUGGUACAACAACUGCAGUACAGCCUUAGCUCUCCCCCCUGAUGGCUCUAACAGAGUAGGAGUGUAUCUGGACCGGCCGGCUGGCACUCUGUCCUUCUACAGAGUGUUCCACGAUGGAGAAGGGUCCUCAGACGCACUGACACACAUCCACACCUUCCAGGCUUCCUUCACCCAGGAGGACCUCCUCCCUGGGGUUGGGUUAGGGGUUGGUUCCUCAGCAUCUUUGUGUCGGUUGUAAAAAAAACGGGCGGAUGGGCGGGCGGGCACAUAAAGUCCCUCUCUCCAAGGUUUCCGCGGGGUUGUUAAAGGUAUUAAAAGGUAGUAAAUGAAAUUAGCCCAAAUUAAGGCCAUUAAAAAGUAUUAAAAAGUAAUAAACGUCAUCUGACGAGGCAUUACAUUUCCAA